AUGGAUGUCAAUUGUUGUCCACGUAAUGAUUUUUCGUUUCCAAUGAAAAAUUCGACAAAAGAAGUGACAUCAACGUGGCCAACCGCAUUUAAUGGAGCAACAUUCAUUUCUAUCGAACAAAAUGAAUCAGAUCAAUCAAAGUCAUUGCCAAUAUUCAAUGAUUUUGUUCUUCGUAAUACUUCGAAUAUAAUUGAUUUUUCUUCACAACAAUUGCCACCACCUCAAAUAUUCAACCAGAAUCAUCUGUCAUCAUUUCCAUUGAGUGAUUUCAAUCACUGUUCAACAUUGUUACAGCCGUUAUCAGCCUUAAACAUUGAUUCGAUAACCUCAACAUUUCCUCAAAAUAAUGAAAAUAUUCUUCAUUGGAUUGGUGAUCCAUUUUUGAAUGGUGAACAACAGCAACAAGUACAUUCACAAAUUACACCACCGUUGACAUCAACAACACAAGCUCAAACUCAAACAUCAUUAGCUAACACAUUUAAUUUUGAUUCAGGUACAGAAAAUAUUCGUCAUUGGAUUGGUGAUUUUACAAAUGAAACAACAUUAACAUCAAACACGGUUGAUAGUGGUACUUCAGGAAUAAAUCAAAUUCCAUUAUUAUCACAAAAAGUAUUUAUUGGUGGUGUACCACGAUUUGCUACAGAAAUUGAUAUACAUGCAAAUUUUGAACGUUUUGGAACAUUCGAAAUACAGUGGCCAAAAUUGCAUGGAAAUAAAGAACAACAUCGUGAAAAUGGUUUUUUUCAUAUUGUAUUUCAUAAUGCCAAAUCUGUUUGUACACUAUUGGACAAUUGUUCACGUCAUCAAAAUAAUACGUCGGUAGCUGAUUAUUUUAUACAUUUCGAAACGGCAACAGGUUCGAGAAAAACUGUCGAAGUUAUACCAUGGAAUAUUGGAGAUAAUAAUUAUGCACUAAGACCACCUCAACAACUUGAUUCAAAGAAGACAAUAUUUGUUGGUAAUUUACAUGGCACAAUGACUGCACGAUCAUUAUGGCGUCUAAUGGAAGAUUUAUUUGGUGGAGCUGUUUAUGCUGGUGUUGAUAUUGACAAGUAUAAGUAUCCGAUUGGAAGUGGACGAGUUACAUUUGAUAAUAGUUCGUCGUUUUUGCAUGCGGUUUCAACUGCAUUUGUCGAUGUUCGUACGCCACGUUUUUUAAAACGUUUACAAAUUGAACCUCAUUUACAAUAUCGUUUUUGUUCAUUAUGUAAAACGGCUGCUGGUGAUUUAUUUUGUCGUAAUUUUGCUUGUUUCGAUUAUUUUUGUUUAAAAUGUUGGCAAAAAAUUCAUUCACAAUCAAUUGUUAUGGCUAGUCAUAAAGCUGUUACAAGACAUUCAAAAUCAUCACAACCAAUCUUUCAUCCUAUGCAAGCAAUGUUAAAUCAAACAAUUAGUUAA